AUGGUUUCACAGGAGAAAGUGGAAGCUCAGCCCUUUGCAGACAUCUUUGAUGAAGAUGAAGCUGAAAAAUCCUUUCUGUUGUCCAAACCCACUUGCUUUGUUGUCUUUGGAAAACCAGGUUCUGGAAGGAAAACAUUAGCUAGAAGACUAGCACAAAUAUGGAAAUGCACUUUCAUAGAAGCUUUAGAAGUAAUCCAAGAGAAUAUUCGUGAAGAAACAGAAGAUGGGCUUAAGUGUCAAGAAUUGCUGUUUAGAGGUCAAAGCGUUCCUGAAGAACUGGUUACAAAAAUGAUUCUGAAAAAGAUUGAGUCACCAGAAGUUGCUCAUUUUGGUUAUAUUCUCUGUGGAUUUCCUUCUCUCUCAGAGGAAUACAUGACUGUUUCACAGCAAAUAGAGAAAAUAAAAAAUCUAAAAUUAAAACCAGAUUUCCUGAUCAAUAUUAAGUGUUCAGACUUCGACUUAUGCAAAAGAUUAUCUGGGCAAAGACAGCGCCCUGAUUCAGGGCAGCUAUACCAGAAGAACCAGUGGGAUCCUAAUGUUAUUGAAAAACUUAAGAAAAUGAAAGACGAGCUUAAGGAGGAGAGUGAAGAAGAACAGGAAGAGCAGGAAGAAGAAAUUGCAGAAGAUCCAUUUGAAAUGUCAAAAAUUUUGCCUGAGUUAGUUCAGAGGCCUGAAGAUAUUCGUGAAAAUGCAGAGGAAAGAGUUAAGAUAUACAAGGACAUAAUGCUCCAUCCUUUGGAAGACUUGAUGGCUGAGCAAGAUUCUCUGUAUCUUAUUGAACUGGAUGGAAAUAAACAACCAAAUGAUCUCUUUGCAUCAGUGGUAGCCCGACUUCGAUCUAUGGGUGUUCAAAAUGCAGCUCCUAUAACUAGACUUCAGAGUCAGCAAGAGGAAACAUUAGAGGGACUGGAAAAUGAUGAACUUUUCCGGGUUCUCUCAUCUUGCAAACUAAUUGCAAACAGAUACCGAUGGCGUAGAAGCAGGUGGGGACAAGCAUGUCCUGUGGCUCUUAAGGAGGGUGAUAUCGUAAUGGGGAUACCAGACUUGGCUGUCAGUUUUCUAGGGAAAAUGUAUGUACUGUCCUCCUCAGAUGCAUUGAAAGCAUUUAUGUUGAAUCCACGGCCUUACUUGUUACCACCAAUGCCACUUCCUCCUUGUAAAGUACUAGUAUUUGGCCCCCCAUUGUCUGGAAGAACAACCGUUUGUAACCUGAUUGCAAACAAAUACCAUGGAAAGGUUCUUGACAUGGCCAAGCUAAUUCAACUCCACAUGGAAGAAUCAAGAGAAAAGAAAAAUAAAAUGGGAUGGGAGAGUGCCCAGGUGUGCUGGGGGGUCGAUUUUUUUAUUGAUGUAGAUUUCUAUCAAUUUAAUGUUUUCAUAGCUACAGCAGAUUUCCAAGAACUUACUAGUGACAAAGAAGCAGAUGGUUCUGAAGAAACUGUUAAAUCUGGAGAAGGAGUAGACUUGAAAGAGAAUCUUACUGUUGUAAAAUCUGACAUGACCCAAGAAGAGAUAACUUCUGACCAUCCAGAAGUUCAAGCAAUGGCAGAAGCUGUAGAAAGUGCAUCAGAAUCUGAAAUUACACUGUCACCUGAAAUAUAUGCUGAAGUAUUGGAAGGAGCUAUUGCAGAGCUCACAAAGAAUAACAAAGACAGGUUUCCUGGUGCUCCAGAAAAAGGAGGAUGGGUAGUGGAUAACUAUCCUCUGUCAGUAGAUCACUGGUCAGCAUUAUCAGAAAAAGGACUUUUACCUGACACCGUUGUCUGUCUGCAGAAUACAGAAAAAAAUGGAACUUGUUUACUACACAGACUGUACUUAGCAAAUAAGGAUGAAAUUAAUGCUAAGAUUUUGAAAAGACUAACAGAUGAAGCAUUAAAAGAGAAAGAAGAAGAAGAAGAAGAAAGAAGAGAAAUUCAAGAGAUACUGAAAUUGGAGGAAGAGGAGAAAUCUCUAGAAGCUGCUGAGGAGAAAGAAGUUGAAGACCACGAUGAGCAGCCUCUGCCUGAAAACCAACAAUUAUCUGAGAGACACUCCAGUGAUUCUUCUGGUUAUAAAGAAGAAUCUAAACCAACAGAAAUCACACUACCCGAGUUUCCAGAGGAUGGUUUCCCAGAUGUACCAGAAAUGAAAGUAGUUAAAACGAAGAUUGACCUUUUCAUGCAUGACUGGCAAACAGUGGAGUCAGGAAUCAGUGAUUCACCUCUGGUUCAAGUUGCUGUUCUAGAGAUUGCUGAGCAAAGCCCAGAAAGUCUACUUGACCAGAUCGUCCUGGUCAUGGAAAAACCUUUUAAGUAUCAUGGUUGGGUGUUAGCUGCUGAAGACUUAGAUGAGGAAGCAGAAGACCUGGCUGCUGAAGUAGAAGCUGAAGAAGAAAAUGAAACUGAGGAAGAGGAAAAUGAAGAUGAAGAAGAAGAAGAAAAACGGAUUGAGAAGAAAAGGCACAUGGGAGACACAAAACACUUUUGUCCAGUCAGUCUGAAAGAGAAUUUCGUCCUUUACCCAGGACUCUCUGAACAUGCAGCUAAAUAUCAAGAAAAGAUUUAUUAUUUUUCAACUUCUGAGAACAGAGAUAAGUUUCUGGAGAACCCUGAGGAGUAUGUGGCUCACAAGGAACCAAUACAGGCACCUCCCUUAAGAGUGUGCUUACUGGGGACUCAUGGAGCAGGUAAAACUACUUGUGCACGAUGGGUAGCAGAUAAAAUGGGCCUUUUCCAUAUUCAGUUUGAAGAAUAUCUACAAGAAAUAAUGAUACGCAAAACUAAAAAGAAGGUUGGGCCUGAUUUUGAUGAAGAACCUGAAGAAGAUGACAGCAAAAUAGCAGCUCUUUCACAGGAACUGGGAGACUUCUCUUUGACUAUGACUGGAACUAAAAUUGAACCUGAACGUGAAUCUGAAAAGAAAAGAGAACAGGAAAUAGAGUUAACUGAGGAGGAAGAAGCGAUUAAAGCAAAUCUAGUGGAAAAUGAGGCUUUGCCUCCGGAAGUGCUUGAUAAUAUUGUUCUUGACUGGUGGACGAAAGAGCCAUUCCGGUCCACUGGAUUUAUACUGGAUGGUUUCCCUCGCACUAUAGAUGAAGCCCUGUAUUUGUCAGAGCGAGGACUCUGCCCUGAUGUUGCAGUUUAUAUUCAAGUAGAAGAAAGCGACAUUAUUGACCGUCUUUUACCUUCACGUAUGAAAAAAUGGAGAGAAACACAUGAUAAAAAAAUGGAAACCAAAAAGAAACUGAAAGACUUGAAAGCAAAAAUAAGGGAUAAGAAGAUGGCUAGAAGAAGGGCAGAACUUUUGGCAGAACACAAAAAAAAGAAGCAGGAGGUAAGAAAACAGGAAUAUGAUGAAAACAGUGAAAAUGAGGAUGAAAAUGAGGAUAUUGAAGCGAUACUUGAAGAAGAGUUUUUAGAAGAAGAAGAGGAAGAAACUGAAGAAGAACAAGAGUCUGAUGCUGUUGAACGUAUACAAAACGAAAUUGUAGAAAAGUUUGAAUCAGACAGAGAUCACUUACAAGGCGUACAGGAAGAAUUUGAAAGAAUGUUAAUACCUCAAAUCGAGAUCGGUGGAGAACGGAAGCCUCACAUUGUACGCUACCGAAUAUAUAAGAAUUUGAAUCCUCUGGUGGAAAAUCGCAGAAGCAUUUUUGAGAAAUGCUACCCAAUAAGUUUGCCACUUGCACAUAAGAUGCUCAUUUUCUCAUAUAAAUAUCCAAGUUCUUUUGGUCAGUGGGAUCCAGUCAAGCUAAGUGAAGGAGAUAUAAUCAGAUCACCACAGAGCCAUGAAAACCCAGUCUAUCCUGUAAUCCAUCGGCAAUAUAUUUAUUUCCUUUCAAGUAAAGAAAAUAAAGAAAAAUUUAUGAAAAAUCCCAUCAAAUAUAUCUGUCAACCGAAACCUAAACCAGCCAUGCCAAUCAAGAUUGCAAUUGUUGGACCUCCAAAAUCUGGGAAGACUACAGUUGCCAAGAAAUUUGCAAGCACAUAUGGAUUCCUGCGCCUGACUGUGGGGGAUGCCAUACGGCUGGUGUUAAACGAGCAGCCACAAAGUGAGUUGGCACUUGUGAUAAAAUGGCAUCUUCAUAAAGGACUGACCGUACCCGACGAACUGGCCGUCCAGGCUCUAGAUGUGACUCUGAUGAAUCACAUCUGCACUACUGUUGGAGUUGUUAUUGAUGGAUACCCUCUAACAAGGAAACAAGUAAACCUCCUGGAAUCGGUUAGGAUAAUUCCAGUGAAAAUCUUUGAGCUGGAAAUGGAAACAAAAGAAGUGUUCAGAAGAGCACUGUCAGAUAAGGACAACACAAAUAGAUAUCCCUACCCUGAACAUGACAGCUCACAGAUUCUCGCUAUCCGCAAUUCCUGUUAUAAACAACACAUUGAGGCAAUUAGGACUUACUAUGAGAAGGAGCAUCAGAAUUGGUGUGUGAUUGAUGCCUUUCACAGCAAGUGGUGGAUCUGGAACAAAGUACUCCAGGAAGUCCAAGUUGUAGUUAAAGAAAUCCAGAUCUAUUUGGAAAGAAUAAGAGAAGGAAAAGCAGCCAGCAUUGCUGAUUUAUGCAUCACCCCUGAAGAGCUGCAGUAUCGGCUGGGGGAGUUUGGACAGUACUGCCCCGUCAGCCUUGCAGAAAAACAUGAGCUCCUGGACUGCUCCGUAACCUCCUCGCUGCAGUUUGCUGCGGAAUUUCGAGGACAUUAUUACAAAAUGGCUUCACAGGAAGAACUGGAGGGAAGUAAAUUCUUGAAUGAGCCAGAGGUAUAUGUACCACCACUAGCACCUCAUCCUCUUCCACCUCCAGAAAUGCUACCAAAGAAACUGACGGUGGCAGAAGUGAAGGCCUUAUUCCCUAGGAGUGCAGAAAUGCAGGGAUACUGUCCAGUCACUUACCUAGAUGGAAAACUGAGAUAUGAAGCUCUGGUGCCUGGAAACAUUGAGUAUGCUGUAAAAUAUCGAGAUAAGGUAUAUAUUUUUGAAAGUGAAGAAAAACUUCAGAAGUUUAUGAGGUUACCAGAGAAGUACUGGAAUUUGAAGCUUCCACGCAAACUCCCUCCAGUAAAGGAACCAAUACUACUUACUGCACUUCCCUUAGCUGGAUACCUUGAACAGGGAGUAGCAACUUCUCUAAUAAAAGCUCUGAAUGAAGUAGGCUGCUUAAAGCCAAAGUUUCCAUUCCUGAGUGUAAAAAAAACUGCUCUGCUGUUUGUGGCCUGUCAUUUAAAAGCAUACAACCCUCGGAGCUCGGAAUACGUACGGAGGAAGUACCGGAGGAAACUGGAGCAGUUCGUGGAUCACUGCGCCCUCAUCCCCUACCUGGGCGCCAAGAUGACGCGCCGCUACAAGGAGCCCCGGAGCAGGCCCGCCGACUUCGACUGCAAGCUGCGGACCUUCCUCUCGCUGAAGGACGCGAAGCCCAGCUUCCUUUAG